AUGGGAAUAACAUAAUCGAGUUAAAAUGACUAUAUCGAAAAAUAUCUGGGAUAAGAUUUUCCAAAUGGAGAAAUUUUAAUAGGAUUUGAAAAUGUAUAAAUUAAUCAUAUAUGAGCCAAGUAACAUAUGUUAUUCGAAUGUAAUAUUAUAAGCAUUAUAUUAUUGCAAAAACUUUAGGAAUGGCAUUUUAUAAUAUUAAAGCACAAUUAAUUAAAACAACUUGUUAGAUUUAACUAAAUUAUUAUUCCAAUCAAUAUCAAACCAUAAAUAAAAAACAGGAGUAAUUUCAACUAAGAAAAUGAUGAAUUUCAUAAAAACAAAAAAUAAAAUUUUUGAUGGUAAAUAUCAUUAAGAUUCACAUGAAUUUUAUAUGUGGUUUAUAAAUGAAUGUGAAGAAUUACUAAAAGAUAAAUAAAACAAUUUGAUUCGAUAAAUAUUUUAAGGAUAGUAAUUAACAUAAACUGAAUGCUUAAAUUGUCAUACAAGUAAUAUAUCAAUUAAAAAUAGUUUCUUAAAGAGAAGAAAUGUAUUGUGAUUUAUCCUUAGAUUUAUUUCCUAAUUAUAGUUUGAAUACUUGCUUAUAAUAGAUGUCAAAAGAAGAAUAAUUAACUGGUUAAAAUAAAUUUUUUUGUGAUUAGUGUUAAUCAAAAUAGGAUGCAUGUAAAAGGUAUAAAUGUUGAAUUUACAUAGAUUAUUAUUGAAUACAUUACCAAAUGUAUUGGUAAUCCAUUUAAAACGAUUUAAAUAUGAUGAACGAUAUGGUUAGAUGAUUAAAGUAUCAACUAAAAUUCCAUUUUCUUAAUAAUUAAAGAUUAAAGCUUAAAAACAAACUAAAACAUAUGAUUUAACUACUAUUAUAAUCCAUUUAGGAUAAGGCAUAUUGUAUGGACAUUAUAUAUGUAUUACCAAAAUAUAAGGAAAAUGGUUUAGAUUUGAUGAUGAUAAAAUAUCUGUAAUUUAAUAUUAACUAUCUUUAGUUAUUCGUUGAUUAAGAUUUACAUUAUAUAUAUGGAAGAAGUUAUCCAACACAAAGUUAAACAUGUGCAUAUAUGUUGUUUUAUAAUGCAUAAUGAAUUUUAUUAGAAUACCAG